AUGUCUGGCCUUGUCGGCACAACGGUGGCGUCUGAAAUUCUGACUGAUGUCGUUACCCUGGUCACGUUAGCAGGAGACGCUGAGGACAUCAUCCUGUCGAGUCCUUAUUCUCCGGACGUCGUUAUUGUAUUAUCCUUGGUCAUAGCCGUGAUCAUCUUCAUGACCGUCGUCGGGAAUCUCUUCGUCGUCAUCGCGUUCUGCACGACAACCAAACUCCGCACUUACAACAACUAUUUCAUUUUGGGUCUGGCCAUCGCCGACCUGUUGGUCGGUGCAGUCGACAUGCCUCUCUUCGCCGUCGUCAUCAUCAUGGGACGAUGGCCGUUCAGUGCCGUCUUUUGUGACAUCUUCACCUUCCUCGACCACGCGUUCACACAUACGAGCAUGGUACUCGUCACCCUCAUCAGCCUCGAUCGUUGCGUUGCUGUAUCGGACCCUUUUCGACAUCGCCAACACUGGCGACGACGGUCCCGUGCAAUCCUCAUCAUCGCAAUCGGUUACAUUCUCCCGUUCAUCGUCUGGUUACCGGCGACGACUCUCUGGCAGAUCAUCAACGGCAAUGACCAAAGGCCCUUUCCUGAAGAUGUCUGCGAACCCUUGUACUUCCAGAGUGUCAUUGCAAGCUUUGCCCUGCCCAUUGUUUACUUCUUCGUCCCCUUUAUCCUAACCACCGCCCUCUGUGCCAAAAUUUACGCCGUCAUAAGAAAAUUCUACAAAGGGCGAAAGGAGAUGAGACUUGCAACAGGGAUCGCGCAGUCUCCGUCUUCCGCUGUCGACCGGCCAAGUGAUCCUGAAACUGGCAACAUAACUGCAUCGGUACAGACAUCGGCUGCGACUGAGAGUGUUGUUGCAAAGGAAGACGUCACAAAGACAAAGGAAAUCGGCAGUGAGAGCAUGAAAGGCGUUCGUACCUUGGCCUUUAUCGUUACUGCUAUGUGGAUAGCAUGGUUCCCGGCCGUAAUCGUCACAGUGACGUCACCAUUUUGCCCCACGUGCGUGCCGAGUAUCGUCUAUUCGGUAGUGAUAUUCUGGGGCUACAUGAAUAGCAUGAUCAAUCCGAUCUGUUACGCUCUGGCAGACGAAGCCUUCAAGGACAGUUUCAUGAAGAUCCUAACCCUGAGAUGCUUGAAGACUGACACUAUGACACCAUCGAUUUGA